CGUUUUUAGUGACAUUCUAGCGGAAUAUUCAUGUCGGUGUUGGGUUUUAGGACCAGUUAUUCCUUAGACGCGGUGUCGCUUUCCAGAGAAGUUUUGGUCGCAGUUGUUAAGUUGGUGGUUGCUAUGGCUGCGAGUUCAUGCGAGGCUGGCAGAGAGGGAAGUGACGAGUGGGGCUGUUGUUGGGACACGUGACUGGAGCUGCACUGAUCUGUUUUGACAAGCAGUAGGGAGGGAAGUGAGGAGGGGAGACAGACUGUAAGCAUCACGACUAGAAGGACUCACUGUUCCUUUCAUCCGCAAGUCGCUUGACUAGUAUUAGUAUCGGUGUAGUCCGCUAGUUCCACCAGCCGGUUAACCUGUCAGCACCAAACAGCGAGAAGUAGUCCGCACUGGGCUCGGGAAAAGCGCCUCCGUCGUUACCGAAGCGUUCGGCCAGUAGUCGUGCUAUUUGUAGUCGGGUUGAAAAGUUUUAAUGAAGAUCACAAAGGAAGUCAGCACAGGUGGCGUUUCUAUCGUGAAGUAGAUGGCGGAGGCUCGAGUUCGGUGGAUGGGUAGAAAGUGGACAAUAUCCGCCUGAUGCCAUCCGUUAUAAGCACGAGACGGUGAAUAUGUUCCUGUCGUAAAUACCCAAACCGUCAACGGCAUCGGUGGACGCGUUCGUAGCUGAGCUGUGGCUACCUGCGCUGCGUUGGGGGUUGGGAUGUUUGCGAGGUCCUUGUCACCAUUGGCUUAACCAUACUGUAAGGAUAGGUUAGUUAGUUGGCUGCCGUGUUUGGUUUUUUGAGCUAACACUGCUGAGUUAGCAUCCUCCUAUUCUGGCACUGUCGCUGAGAGGAGCCAACGUUAGUGGAGAGAAGACAGAAAUGCAUCGCGGAGCUAUGGUUCAGGUGGUGGAAUUUGAGACGGACUGUAAGAGUAGUCAGUUUCAGUUACCCCCAGCCAGAUUGAUUACCUGCUAGCAAGCAUAUUGACAACUGACUAACCGCUCGUUGGCAUUCGCUAUCAGCUGUCUUUGUAUUAGUCAGUUGAACAAUACGGUGCGACUCGAUGGACGCGUACAGUAGCAUGCUAACAAAGCAAUGCUUUGUUGUUGGAUAGGGGGCAGCUGGCACCAACACACGGGCUUCACAGCUGAUAUUAUUGCUUAGCUAAUUCAGCAGGUCAUAGUCACUGUGGGUUUCGGGUCCAGACAGCGUCGUGCUGCUGUCAAAGUGUGUGUGUGACAGAAGACCCAGAAGACCCUGCCAGAGACACUGAAAGCAACCUGAUGACACUGGACAACAUGAAGCCUGAGCGAGAUGCAACUGAGGAGUUUUUUGAGUAUGAUGCAGAGGAAUUCCUGGUGUUCCUGACAUUGCUCAUCACUGAGGGAAGGACGCCAGAAUAUUCAGUGAAGGGCAGAACUGAGGGGCUGCAUUGUCCACCAGCCCAGUCUGCUAUGCCACCUCUUCACAAGCAUGAAUGCAGCGAUAAACUUCCCCAGUGUCGACAAGCAAGACGAACCCGUUCGGAGGUGAUCCUGCUGUGGAGGAACAACAUCCCCAUCAUGAUCGAGGUCAUGCUCCUGCCAGACUGUUGCUAUGGUGAUGAGUGUCCGCCAAGUGACCCUAUCAGCGACCCAGUCAUUAAGCAAGAUGCUCUACUGCUGGAAAGAUGGACCCUACAGCCUGUUCCAAGACAAAGCGGCGAUCGUUUCAUUGAAGAGAAGACCCUGCUGCUGGCUGUUCGCUCCUACGUCUUCUUCUCCCAGCUCAGCGCCUGGCUCAGUGCCUCACAUGGCAUCGUCCCCAGAAACAUCCUGUACAGGAUCAGUGCUGCAGAUGAGGAGUUGGUGUGGCAGUUUUCGCAGCCGCCUUCAGAGCACAUUUUCCCCGUCCCCAAUGUAUCUCAGAGUGUUGCACUGCAGGUUCGUGUUCAGUCACUUCCGCGUCAACCAACAUACCCGACCCUCGCCUGCAGCAUCCACACCGGCCUGCCUCCACUUUACAGCAAAACCUCCAGCCUGAACCCGAACCUAAACAGCCAUGGUGGACUGCCCACCCUCAAAAAGACCCAGGACCCCAGCAAAGAAAACCUCCUUCACAACUCCAACAUGUACAAGAACUCCAACUCCAUGUCCGGCCUACUCCUCAAUGGAUUACCUGUUCCGAAUCUCCCCAUCAACAACAUCCCCAUUAACAGCCUUCCCCAUACUGCCGUGCCGCCUCCUUACAGCAAAAAAAGCCAGGAGCCAGAUGAAAACCACAGCCAUGCGUAUCAGAACGGAGAGCUACCACAGGUCAACAUCCCCCAGCGUCAGGGCUCCCCACUUUUCCACAGGCCUUCCCACUCCCCCACACCCUCCCGCCCCCACUCGCCAUCUCCACUUUCAACCAGUAAGGCAGGAAAGUGGCUGUACUCGGCCCUCAAUGGGUCAUCUGACCCCACACAAGUAGAGGACUACGGUUCUGGAACUAACAGCAGUGAGAGGUCAAAAGGGCCCAUCCCUGAACCGCUGAAAGCUUUUAAGAAUUUCUCCAUGGCAGAGCCAACCCGCUGCCCCUCCCCACGACCUGUUGCAAGUGAGACAAACCCCCUCAUUGGCUCCUUGCUGCAGGAAAGGCAGGAAGUUAUUGCCCGCAUUGCACAGAGGCUUAACUUCUGUGACCCCACAGCCCCCCCACUCCCUCCAGGACUUUUUGCAUCUGACAACCCUCCCAAAGCCAUGUGGGGCAGUAACCAUGAAGACAUAACUGCCAGUAAGACCAAAGAGCCUGAGGUACCACCCUAUGAGUCUGUUGGACGCGUGUGGCCCACCCCCUUCAACACACCUGUGACUGACACUUCGUUCAGCAAACGGGAGAGCACGUCACCCAAACCUGCAGCCUGCCGGAAGCUGAAAAUGACUGAGAUAAGAGACAGAGAGGGAGAGAGGAAUGGAGAAAGAGAGAGAGACAGAGAGAAGGAGAAGGACCGGGAGAGGGACAGCUCCCUCAUCACUCAGGCAGUGCAGGACAUUACCAGACUCAUCCAGGAGAGGCUGUCUGUCCCCUCUCUGUCCCCAAGGCACAGCAGAAGUGGCAGCCCUCUGCACCAAACGCACACAACAACGGUCACGCACACGGUCCGCACAUACUCACACACUGCACACAUACCACAAGCCUCACACACUGCCACCAAUGGCUACACCAACGGCCACAUACCCAGCCAUGAACCUCACAGAGGCACGCACACCGCUGCCACACAUUCGCCUGUUUGCACAGACAAGCCCCGAGUCGAUGCGGGGACAGGUUGCCAUUCUCCCUGGGCCCAAAAUGGUGCUCACUUUACACUUGAAGAAUCUUCAUUCAAAGGCCAGUCCAACACCCAGGCUGGUCAGCGUUUACGAACUCCCCAGCAGGACAAGCUCAGAGUCCUGACACCCAGCAGCCACGAAACCCCCUUUGCCUCCCACUUUUUAGAGAACAGCUUGAAGAAUGAUCAGUUUUACAGUUGGACUUGCAGUGAUGCUACCCCAGCAAUGAAUUGUAACAUAAGCCACAACCAUAGCAUGCCUCAACCUCAGUCCCCAAUGCAAACCUGCGCAUCAACCCAGGCCUGUGCCCCCCAGGAUGAAAACCAGGCACCCCCCAAGUCUGGCAGCUCCAGCAUUUCCAGUCCAGACAUGACUCCCCCUUCCACUAUCUUGCGCUCUCACAGCCCUUCGCCUCUACGUCCCUGCAAUAGCUGGAAGAAACAGAAUCGCCACUCAUUAGAUGCUACAGCGACCAAGGCCUUCCACCCCUGUACUGGCCUGCCUCUGCUCUCCAGCCCUGUUCCUCAGAGAAAAAAUCAAACAGGCUACUUUGACCUGGACACCUCUCUGAUGGGCUGUAAAGGUUUACCUUGGGCCUCUGGGAAAAGGGUGUGUCCAAAGAGAGAGGGAUACACUGAUGAGUCUCAGCAGCUGUUCAGUGCCAGUGCUCCACCAGCAAGCCUCAGUCUGCUGGGAAACUUUGAGGAGUGUGUGUUGAACUACCGCCUGGAGCCUUUAGGAACAGUGGAGGGUUUCACAGCUGAGGUUGGAGCCAGUGGGUCCUUCUGUCCCAGUCACCUGACCCUACCUGUGGAUGUGUCCUUCUACAGCGUCUCUGACGACAACGCUCCUUCACCAUAUAUGGGUGUGAUAAACCUGGAGUCCCUGGGAAAAAGGGGCUACCGAGUACCUCCAUCAGGAACCAUUCAAGUGACCUUAUUUAACCCCAACAAGACGGUGGUAAAGAUGUUUGUUGUGAUGUACGACCUACGAGCCAUGCCAGCUGGACAUCAGACCUUCCUUCGCCAGAGGACUUUCUCUGUUCCAGUCCGCCGUGAUACAAACAAUCAUACCAGCAGGAAGCCCCUCACCCUUGGCCAGGGGCGCACCCUGCGCUACCUCGUUCAUCUGAGGUUCCAGAGCUCUAAGUCUGGGAAGAUCUACCUCCAUAGGGACAUCCGUCUGCUGUUUUCCAGGAAGUCCAUGGAGGUCGAUAGCGGUGCUGCCUAUGAGCUCCAGUCCUUUACAGAGUCCCCCAUUGAUCCACCGUUCUCUCCCCGCUGUUGAGGCCUGACUCCCUCCUUCAAUAUGCAGGCCACUACUGAAGCUUAAAUCACACCACGAUGCCAGCGAUAGACUCUUACCCAGCACGCUAGCCCAUGGGUAAUGUUUGAAAAGGCGCUAGAAGAGAAGAAGUUUAAGGACAGCAGUCAACAAGACUCACCUGACCUGUGCCCACAUCAUGUCCCGACUGUCACCAGAACCGACAAUGGGACCAAGAGCCUGGGAGACCUGUCAGAAAUUAAAUCUUGUUCUCUGUUAUGUGCACAACAUUGAAUCAGAAAGUUUGGGUCAAAUAUUGAGGUGUGAGGAUUUAAUGUCAGAUCCUCAUGGACAAGAAGGCCUUACCAGAUAUGAUAAAUGAUUCUUUUUCCUGCUGUUGUGUAUAACUCCACCCCGCAAGAGUUUUGAAGGAGAUUACGAAUACGUGAUUGUAUGUGAUUGUUGAAAAAGCAAUUUGGCAUUUAAAUUACCUCUGCACAGUUUUGACUUCAGUGUUUACUUCAAAUUAAAACCUUAAUUGGACCUCAACUUGAUGUAAUGAUGCACAUUUUCAGAUAAUAAUAAGGCCCUUUUAAUUGUAAAAGAGUUUGCGGUGACGGUUAGAUCUAUUAAACUGAGCUCAGUGACGACUCUGUGGUUCCUGAGCUCCGAUCGGAGAGCGUGCACAUGGAAAAGGAACUGGGUGGCAGACUGUGGUGGAACGCCAUCCCCUCACCCACGAAAAUGUACCAUGGACUACUAAAGAGGUUGAACAAGCAAUCGAGCUGCAUUCAACUGAAAACAUCACAGCAGAACAUCAGAAGUGCACUGUGGAUUUUUUUUCUCAUUAUAACUGGAAAUGAAACAGAAAAUAGUAAUAUUCUAAUACUUUUGUACUGUUACAGAACCACUUUAUCGGAAGUGUUGCAAUAGAAAGAGCAACUUAGUUUAGUGUUUACACGCUCACUUUCAGUUUACUUACCAUCAGUUUAUUUAAUAUUUAAAUUAAUAUUUCAGUUACUACUUGUGACGUCUGUCAUGCUAAGAUGAUGUAGUGCAAACUGUAUAUCAUAGUAUGUAUUUUUGACAUUAAUAUUCAAAUCUGAAAAAAAAAAAAAAAAAUCUAUAUAUCUUCUAAAGCAAUCUGAAAUCUGUUCUGGCA